AUGGGUACCACUAUAGCUACCAACGCUCUCUUGGAAAGGAAAGGAGAACCUUGUGUGUUAGCUGUCACAGAAGGGUUUAAAGAUGUAUUAACCAUCGGAGAUCAAUCCCGUCCAGAUAUAUUCGAUCUCAAAAUUGACCUACCAACUGUGCUAUAUAAUGAUGUUAUAGAGUUGAAAGAACGUGUGUGGGUCCAUCAAAAGGAUUGUGAACUUCAACAUUCUUUCACAAAAGCCACUGCAAUAACUGGCGAGCAGAUACUAGUCGAAAAACCCUUAGAUGUUGACGCCGCUCGAUUAGGACUUCAGCGGGCGUUUGAUAAGGGUAUACGAAGCGUCGCUAUUGCCUUGAUGCAUUCCUAUAUAUAUCCAAACCACGAAUUAAUUUUGGAAAAAAUCGCGAGAGAUAUCGGAUUCGUUAACACGUCUUUGUCACACCAAGUUAUGCCCAUGGCCCGCUUGGUACCCAGAGCGUCGACAGCUGUCGUAGAUGCCUACCUAACACCACGCAUAUGUGCAUACGUCGAAAGUUUCUCGAAUGGCUUCCGUAAUGGAUUGGAUGACAUCACCCAAACUUACUUCGACCAAGGUUUUAUGGAUACAGCAGUUUAUCUACUGGAUCAUUUACUGGCAGGUCAUCAGAUCGCGGGACCAGCAUUCAUCAUCUCACCCCACAGCACUAUUCUUAUUGAGCCUUACUGCGUUGCAACCAUCAGUCGCGUUGGGAACAUAGAGAUUGAGAUCAACUAUUUGCCCAGUUCGAUCGAUUCGAUUAGCACCCAUCUCGACCCCAUCCGCCUGAGCAUUUUCUCCCAUCGCUUCAUGAGCAUCGCGGAACAAAUGGGCAAAGUCCUCCAGCAAACUGCUAUAUCGACCAAUAUCAAAGAGCGUCUGGAUUUUUCCUGCGCCUUAUUCGCUCAAGACGGAGGAUUAGUAGCGAAUGCACCUCACAUUCCCGUGCACUUGGGUGCUAUGCAACAUGCGGUACAGUAUCAGAUCGAUGCAACUGGCAAUCAAUUUUCUCCGGGCGAAGUAUUGCUGAGUAAUCAUCCCUGUGCUGGAGGAAGCCACCUGCCCGAUUUAACAGUUAUCACUCCGGUUUUCGUCGGAGAUGCGCGAAAACCAGCCUUUUUUGUUGCAAAUCGCGGACACCAUGCAGAUAUCGGUGGUUCCACUCCUGGAUCUAUGCCACCUCAUUCGAAGUGCAUAUUCGAAGAAGGGGCGGUAUUUAAGAGCUUUUACCUUGUCAAAGAUGGACGUUUUCAGGAGGAAGCUGUGACUGCUGCACUCAUGGCUCCGGCUCAGUACUCGGGAUGCUCAGGUACCCGAAGUCUUUCCGACAAUCUCAGCGAUUUGAGGGCUCAAAUCGCUGCCAAUCAGAAGGGCGUGUUUCUGCUGCAGCAGCUGAUUGAGGAGUAUGGGUUAUCUGUCGUACAAGCCUAUAUGCACUAUAUUCAGGAUAACGCAGAGCGUUCUGUGCGGCACAUGUUACAGACUGCAUCUUUGCAUGCCUCGACGUACACCGACACUGAGCUCGCUGAUUCCAGCACACUAUCUCAGUCCGAAUCAUCUGUCCCCGCUCCGAACGCACUCACCAUGCUAGAUUAUAUGGACGACGGGACUCCAAUACACCUCCGCGUCACGAUUGACUCUCAAACAGGAUCCGCUCACUUCGAUUUCACUGGCACUGGACCCGAAGUGCUUGGUAAUACGAACACUCCUCGAGCAGUACUGCUUUCUUGUCUAUUUUAUACCUUACGGUCCCUUGUUGGCGGCGACAUCUGUCUGAAUCACGGUUGUCUGAAACCGAUCAAGCUCACCGUGCCUCCUGGUACCAUAUUGUCUGCUUCGCCCAAUGCAGCUGUAGUCGGUGGUAACGUAAUUACAUCUCAACGUCUUGUCGAUGUGAUUCUCGGUGCAUUCCGAGCGUGCGCCGCAAGCCAGGGUUGCAUGAACAAUCUUACCUUCGGCACAAACAAGUUUGUCUACUACGAAACCGUCGCUGGUGGAGCUGGAGCCGGACCAGGGUGGCACGGUCGCAAUGGGAUUCACACGCACAUGACGAACACACGCAUCACCGAUCCGGAAAUUCUGGAGCUGCGCUACCCCGUCAUUCUAGAACGAUUCUCUCUGCGGCAUGGCAGUGGCGGAGUGGGUCGCUGGCGUGGAGGCGACGGGUUGAUUCGUCGGCUGAAAUUUCGUAAUCCAGUUACACUAUCGAUACUCAGUGAACGCCGCGCUGUCCCCCCUUAUGGCCUUUGUGGUGGCAACCCCGGACAACGUGGACUGAAUCUCCUCCUCCGCUCCGGCUCUCCGCAUCCCAUCAACAUCGGGGGCAAAGCGACAGUCGAUCUCUCGGCCGGAGAUGUGUUUAUUCUGCAGUCGCCUGGUGGAGGCGGAUUUGGUCAACCGAUUUUGUGAAUCAGGAUGCUGAUGCCACCUGAAAGUGACAAUCAUUCUGCGGCGGAACAGCUACCCUUACCGUCUCGCUCAGGAUUGCGUUACUUAUUUUCCACUAUUUUGUUUAAAAAUUGAGGCAUGAUUUGCUUUCCUCACCAUUUCUCAUGGAUGUUUUGCUGUAUUUCCGUCAGCGGAGAGGUCAACAUGCACUUACUUCGUGAAAUGCCCUUUACACUCAUACUGUCUCUCCAGAACAGCUCUUCCGCUAGGCACAGUUACCAUGCCUGCGUCGUCUUUCCUUACAUAGUAACGCAUUGUUUACAACCAAUCAUUACUCUUAUGCCUAAACCCCUUGCUUCCAAUUGAAUUCCAAUUCCUUUCUGCUGCUCUAUUUUGACCUUUUAUUAAUUGAUCGUUAUUAUAUAGCAGGGAAGCAUCAAUACAGUGUAUACCGGCGCCUCUUGGGCUGCCAAAAGGUCAAGGAAAAACAGAAUCUACGUUUAUCACGUCGAUCAGAAAUUUUCUGGAAAAUGUCCCUAGUGGUUCUGUUUUGAACUGAUCGUCUUUUUACAAAUCCCACACUUGGCGUUUUUUGGUCGGCAGUUGCUUGUCGCAUGAUUCGAGAAAAACGAUUUCCAAUUUUGUGAUUUUAAGAUGAUUCUUAAUCUGAGGUUUUUGUCCAACGUAGUCUUUGUUUUAGACUCAGCGGUUUAAUAGAAUGCUUCAUCCGUUGGAGGGUCGUUGUACCAAGCGUUGAAAAUAAAAAAAACACUAGAUAUUUAU